GCCGCUCCGCCCCCGCGGGGCGUCCCGGGCCGCUAGUCCCCUCCGCGGCGGCCGCGCGCGGCCCGGGGUCGCCGUGAGUACACGCGCGAGGCUGGCUUGGGGGGCAGCUGUCAUGGGGACUGGGCGGGGCAGCCGGGCGGGAGGGGUUCGGGGCCCACCCCACCUCGGCCGGGGUGGGUGAAGUGAGGGGCUUGGAUCAGGUGGCUCGGGGAGGGGCCCUCCUGGGCUUGACGGGCUUCGCUCAGGUCCGGCGGCUGGCGGUCCCGAUCCGGCGCAGAGCUGCUUCCCCGGGGAGCAACAGAAACCAAGCAGCACCAGCCCUUGGAGAGAGGCUAAAAUUUUCUUGACUUCUACAGCGACAAAGACCUUGAAAAAGUUGGUAUUUCUGGCCUCUGCCAUCAUCAUCCUACCACUCACCUCGAGACAAGCCAGGCUGGACAUUCGUGUCUCCCUCUUUACUCCAUCCAGAUCAGCACUUGACUGUUUAUUUUCAAAUCUCAUGAAACUAGCUCCAGACCUUCAUAUUCUGGUUCUCAGCUGCUCUUGAAGGACAGUCACACCACAGCAGAGCCUGCCAUCCCCAGCAGAUCUCCAGUUGCCCCUGACAUCGCUCCUCCCUUGUCUCCCUUGUGGCCUCCUAAAUGCCCAUCUUGUUGGCCUGGGUUCAGCUGGUGGUAUGGAGGGGUGCUGCCUAGCACUGACUUGAGAGUGUGUGUGACUCACUGAUCCAAUGGACAUCAAAGGCCAGUUCUGGAACGAUGAUGAUUCGGAGGGAGAUAAUGAAUCAGAGGAAUUUCUCUAUGGAGUUCAGGGGAGCUGUGCAGCUGACCUGUAUCGACACCCGCAGCUCGAUGCAGACAUUGAAGCCGUGAAGGAGAUCUACAGUGAGAACUCUGUGUCCAUCAGAGAAUAUGGAACUAUCGAUGACGUGGACAUUGACCUCCACAUCAACAUCAGCUUCCUCGAUGAGGAAGUCUCUACAGCCUGGAAGGUCCUCCGGACAGAACCUAUUGUGUUGAGGCUGAGAUUUUCUCUCUCCCAGUACCUUGAUGGACCAGAACCAUCAAUUGAGGUUUUCCAGCCGUCGAAUAAGGAAGGGUUUGGGCUGGGCCUUCAGUUGAAAAAGAUUCUGUGUAUGUUCACAUCCCAACAAUGGAAACAUCUGAGCAACGAUUUCUUGAAGACCCAGCAGGAGAAGAGGCACAGUUGGUUCAAGGCAAGUGGUACAAUCAAGAAGUUCCGAGCUGGCCUCAGCAUCUUCUCACCUAUUCCCAAGUCUCCCAGUUUCCCUAUCAUACAGGACUCCAUGCUGAAAGGCAAACUGGGUGUGCCAGAGCUUCGAGUCGGGCGCCUCAUGAACCGUUCCAUCUCCUGCACCAUGAAGAAUCCCAAAGUGGAGGUGUUUGGCUACCCUCCCAGCCCCCAGGUCAGUGGUCACUGUAAGAACAUCCCCACUCUGGAGUAUGGAUUCCUCGUCCAGAUCAUGAAGUAUGCAGAGCAGAGGAUUCCAACUCUGAAUGAGUACUGUGUGGUGUGUGAUGAGCAGCAUGUCUUCCAGAAUGGGUCCAUGCUCAAGCCAGCUGUCUGCACGCGUGAGCUGUGUGUUUUCUCCUUCUACACACUUGGGGUCAUGUCUGGAGCUGCAGAGGAGGUGGCUACUGGAGCAGAGGUGGUGGAUCUGCUGGUAGCCAUGUGUAGGGCAGCUUUGGAGUCCCCUAGAAAGAGCAUCAUCUUUGAGCCUUAUCCCUCUGUGGUGGACCCCACUGAUCCCAAGACCCUGGCCUUUAAUCCUAAGAAGAAGAAUUAUGAGCGGCUUCAGAAAGCUCUGGAUAGCGUGAUGUCCAUUCGGGAGAUGACCCAGGGCUCAUACCUGGAAAUCAAGAAGCAGAUGGACAAGUUGGAUCCCCUGGCCCAUCCUCUCCUGCAGUGGAUCAUCUCCAGCAACAGGUCACACAUUGUCAAACUACCUCUCAGCAGGCUGAAGUUCAUGCACACCUCACACCAGUUCCUCCUGCUGAGCAGCCCUCCUGCCAAGGAGGCUCGGUUCCGGACCGCCAAGAAGCUCUACGGCAGCACCUUUGCCUUCCAUGGGUCCCACAUUGAGAACUGGCAUUCGAUCCUGCGCAAUGGACUGGUCAAUGCAUCCUACACCAAACUGCAGCUGCAUGGAGCAGCCUAUGGCAAAGGCAUCUACCUGAGCCCCAUCUCCAGUAUUUCCUUUGGAUACUCAGGAAUGGGAAAAGGACAGCACAGGAUGCCCUCCAAGGAUGAGCUGGUCCAGAGAUAUAACAGGAUGAAUACCAUCCCCCAGACCCGAUCCAUUCAGUCAAGGUUCCUGCAGAGUCGGAAUCUCAACUGUAUAGCACUUUGUGAAGUGAUUACAUCUAAGGACCUCCAGAAGCAUGGGAACAUCUGGGUGUGCCCUGUAUCCGACCACGUCUGCACACGGUUCUUCUUUGUAUAUGAGGAUGGUCAGGUGGGCGAUGCCAACAUUAAUACUCAGGACCCCAAGAUCCAGAAGGAAAUUAUGCGUGUGAUCGGAACUCAGGUUUACACAAACUGAGGGGAAAUCAGCCCUCGUACCACCCCGUUCACCCAGGAUCCAUAUGCCCUCAUAAAAGGGCUCAGGUGCAGCAGGUGAGCCUGGCCUGAGGGAUCAAGGGGCCAUUACUGAGGGGCAGGAAAAGGAUAGAGGAAGUGGCCUUCACGCUGCAGCUUGACCCAGGAACCACUGCACAUUUGGAUGGCCCAGACUGACUCCAACCCCUGACUUUCCCAGUUGACUUCACUCUGUUUGUAAAUAAAACAAUAAAAUGGAAGGUGCUGUGGACUGGA